UAUUGACCGUGUUUAGUAUUGAAGUAGUUGCCAAACUGAAUACAUUGAUUCUAAAGUACGAAUAUGAAAAUGAGUUGCAAAAUAGUAUUGAUAGUCGGUUGUUUCAUUCUAAUCACAACAUUGAAUGAUAAAUAUACAACUGCCGAAACAGUUGUCCCAAAAUUAUACGAAGAGCUUGGUUGCAAAGAAAAUAAAGAAUCAUCUGGACCAAAGAGAUUUGAAUGUCCCGACUUUUCCACGUAUGCAAAAGAUAAAUGCCAUUUGAAUGGAAAAGUGUUCAAUAUAAAUGAGAAAAUUGAUAGCAAAUUGUUGCCAAGUUGUCAACCAAGUUGUAUAUGUGAUCAACGGGAUAAUGAACGAGCUUACUUUAAAUGUGCGCAUAAUGAUUGUCCUGAAUUCCUAGGCUCCACAAAUUUUUCAUGUCUUCAGCAAUAUGACAAAGUGGAUGAUUGUUGCCGUGCCCGUGAAGUUUGCGAUCAAGCCCGAAUUAUUCAAGACGCGUGCGUGUUUGAGGGAAAAAAUUAUGGAAUUGGUGAAAAAAUGUAUCCAAAGGACGAUUCAUGCUAUCGUUGUCUUUGUGGUGAAGGAUUUACCAACAAAACAUCAUUGGCCGAAAAUCCACAUUGCCAGAGAGUCAAUUGUCACAUUGAAUUGAAUCAAUUUAAAGAUAUUAUUGAAGGUUGCGUCCCGAUCUACUAUAAAACACCAACUUGUUGCCCCAUCGCAGUUAAAUGCCCUGCAAAAGACGAUGCCGUUGAAUUAGGUUUCUCCUCAGAAUAUGCAAAUGAUGCAAAGUAUUCCUGUAAAUUUGGCGAUCUAACAUUGAAAUACGGCGAACAACUUAAAUCUUCUAACAAAUGCUUGAAAUGCGAGUGCAGCACUCCACCAUAUUUAACGUGUGUCCAAUUGCACAGUUAGAUCACAUUUAUGCCAAUUGUAACAUGGUUGCCAAGAGAUUUGACAACGUUUAUUACUUAUUACACAGUUUUGCUCCAUUUUAUCAUUUUAUUAUGCAAUAUUCUUUGCUUAUCAAUGCUG